GCAUGUCGACAACAACACAGACGACGAGCUGUGUACGACAACCGUGGUGACGUGUGUGUGAAAGCUGUCUCUGAUGAGUGUGUCCUAGAGGCUAUUGGAUAGCGUUAUCUUUAUAUCUCUUUGUUGGCAUUUGCAAUGAGUCUGUGAAUUGCAAGAAACGGGAAUUAUUAAUAUGCGUGUUUUGGUUGGUUACCACGAUGAUGAUGGCCGAGAUCAUCCCACCGAUAAAAAUAACCCUACAUUCAAUAGUUCACGUAUAUAUAAUUUGAUGACAUUGGGGUGUAUCUCACCAUAUCGUUACUAUUGCUCCUUCUUGCACAGUAUGACCCGCCCCUUUAAGCCACCCCCGCUGGCCAGGGAUACCACUGGCUUUCGAUGCAACUCACUCAGCGCGUAUGCAUGGAAACAAUGGACUAUGUUUGAAGCCACCUUUGCUAUAUGUGGUCUGGAACCUUGGGAGAAACUUGUUUUCGUAAUCGUCAUGUCUCUACUCACUUUCCUAUUCUUUACCGGCCUGUCUCGGGUAAUACCCAGUCAGUUGAUCUCACUACUACCUCGCAUUGCAUACUAUCUCUGGGGCGACGAGCGUGUACUAAACCACUGGAUGGAUCAUGCGGCAGCCAGUGUGAAGGAGCUAUAGCCUGAGGUUUUUGAUUGGCAGAUGGAUGUGGGUGUACUUUACGUUGUCUGGAUUGAGGCACAGGGGGUCCAUCACGUUCACCUGUCAAGGCUACUGUUUAACUGUAUUAUGUCUCUCGUACUUUAUUCUUCCAUCAUUGUCUCCGCCCACGUAACUUUAUUAUCUCAACUCGCUGCCAAAUCCGACCAACGGUGAUAAACCUGACAGCUCCG